ACAUUGUAGAAGAGAUUUUGAUUUUUUUCCUAAACUUUUAGCUUUAAAAGACAAGUGUUAAUAUAAUGACUACACUUAUGUGGCCAUCAACAAACCGCCCAAACAGUUUCCUAUUUUUAGUCACUUUGACCAUCUGUUUUGGAAGUACAGAUUGGCCAAACAAAAGUACUCACAGAACAUCAAGUGCUAAAUGGCUCUAAUAUCUUUCAUAUAUGUUGAGAAACAUUUUUAAAAAUAUAACCACAAAUGUGGGGAUCUUGUGUGCUUGCUCUAGGUUUCCAUUUCUCCCCCACUGAAUAAAUUCUCUCUGGCCCCUUCAUGUAGGAGAGAUGGGGAGCUUGUUAUGCUUUGGUUCUAUACCGGCUACAGCCCUACUAGAGUGAAGAGCAACCUGGGGACUGCUCUAAACCCAGCCAGUGGGUAAAAAUCCCCCAGGGGCUGCCUGUUGUUCUUCUGUAGGAGUUGGGUAGGCUGGCUGUAUUUCUGUCGGGCAUUCUUUGCACCAGAGGAAACUUCCAACAGGGAUGUGGGCAUUCUCUAGUGGGCUGCAGAUGAGUGGAGCCGAGAAUUUGGCCUGCACUCAAACAUCACUUUGUAUCUGGUUAAAUUACGAAUAGUGCCCUAUCAAAUUCAUGGUCCAUUUUGAUCAAUUUCACAGCUGCAGGGUUUUUAAAUUGGCCAGUUUCACAUUUUCAGCUGUUUAUGCCUGAAAUUUCAGGGCGGUGUAACUGGGGCUCCCAACCCAAAAGUGGGUCUGACUUUCUCUCUCUCCUGCCCCCGCCCCUUCCCCUUAUUGCCUGAGCUGCCAGGCAAGGCAAGGAAAAGUCCUGUCCCUUCCCAGCCCAGCAGGGACUUGCAGCUAGGAGCACCCUCGCUGGGAUGCUCCCAGCAGCAGGGGGAUAUGGGACCCACCUCCACAAGGCUUCUCCAGCUGCAGGAACCUCUGGGUCUGGAGCUUCUUGCAGCAGGGGGAGGCACUCUGAGGUGAGUCUUGUCCUUCCCCUACCUGGCUGCUUUUGCACUUGGGGAAGAGAUAAGUCCUGUUCCUCCCCAGCCCAGCAGGGACUUGCAGCUAGGAGCCCCCUUGUUGGGGUGCUCCCAGCAGCAAGGGGGGAUCAAAUUUCAUGGGGAAGGGCUUAUUUCAUGGUCUGACAUGUUUUUCAUGGCUGUGACAUUGGUUGGGCCCCACUUAUGAAUUGGUGGAAAUCAGAAUGAGGCAUAGGAGAGAGGCUGAUGUGGAGGCAUGGAAGAGCAUAGCAUACUGCAGAACUGUCAUUCUUCAUUUCUACUCUCACCUGCUGGGUUCUGCUAUUCUCUCCUCACAGAAGUAGAGGAAAGCAUGGGGCUAAGACUAUCUUUGUAUUACAGAGGGGUAGAAGAUUAAGUAAAAAUGAUCAAGAUCACAAAAGUCUCAACUCCACAUCCCCAUCUUAAUUUGAAACACACUUCCUCCUUUUACUUUAAAAGUGGGUAGGUCAUGAAUCUAAGCAGAGUGAGUGUCCUCUCUUGGGAAAGAACUGCCUGUCGGAGGGGGAGUUGAUUUCCAGGUUUUGUAUAAUGAAUGAACAUUAAAUGUUACUAAAAAGCAACUAGUACUCCUUCAUUGUACAAUAUGUCAUCCACUUCAAAGAUCCAGUAUGUUUCCAAAGGCAAAUUUAAUACUGGAUUUAUCAGACUUAAUAUUUUUAUAUACUAGUAAAAUCCUCUGUAAAUUUAAAAGCAGUUACUAGGAAGGAAGCCAUAAUUUGCUCAUUGUUAGCCAAUUCUUUUAUCUUUUAUACUGAUGAACUUUUAAUACAUGACACUAAUAGCAUUUCCUCAUUACUUGGCUAAAUCAAUGUUUUCAAUGGGAGCUGAACCCUAUGCAGGACAGACUCGCUGUUGCACUUACUUCACUGCAGGGUGCAGAAUAUUGUUUUACAAGGAGACCUGGUAGCUUGUUCAGACAUCACUGACUGGGCUGGACACAAGGGUGUGAAUGAUGACUGCUCAAAGCCAUAUUCUGGUUAGCCAUUUGGACCUUAUGUGUGAUGUAUGGUGGGAUGUGACUGAGACCUUUAACACACACACAAAUCCAACUGCUCAUUGUUUGAUCACUGAGGAGGAAGGCGCUGCAAGGAGCAUAAUUAAAAAUUGGACAUUUAACCACCCCUGUAAUUCAACUAAUGGCAGCAUUUAUGGAAAUCUCUCAUUAUUCAAGAGUACGUAUUUUCUGCUCCCAAGAGUUGCCAGGGUUUCUCUAUUUGAAUACAUUUUUUGGGAGUGUUUUCUGUAGGCCAACAUGGGCUGCCGGGAUGUUCAUGCAGCGACAGUACUGGCCUUCCUCAGUGGAACAGCCUCGGUAGCAGGACUUUUUGCUGCAGUUUUACUUCCUAACUGGAGACUGAUGAGACUGCAUACAUUCAACAAAAAUGAAAAGAAUCUGACAGUUUAUACUGGACUCUGGAUUAAGUGUGCGCGCUUUGAUGGAAGCAGAGACUGUGUGAUAUAUGACACAGAGUGGUACACAGCAGUUGAUCAGCUGGAUUUACGGGUUCUCCAAUUUGCGCUCCCCUGUAGUAUGCUAACUGCUGUCUCCGCUCUGCUGCUCUGUUUGAUCGGCAUGUGUAACACGGCCUUUGUGUCAAAUGUACCAAACAUCAAACUUGCUAAAUGUCUUGUAAAUAGUCCAGGCUGCCACCUUGUGGCUGGUCUGUUGUUUCUACUUGCAUGUGCCAUUUGUCUCACACCAUCAAUCUGGGUAAUUUUUUAUAACAACUACCUGAACAAAAAAUAUGAGCCAGUUUUUACCUUUGAUAUUUCAGUGUAUAUUACCAUUGCCAGUGCAGGAGGCCUGUUUUUCACUUCAGUUCUGUUAUUUAUCUGGUAUUGUGCAUGCAAAACCUUACCGUCCCCAUUCUGGCAGCCCCUCUAUUCCCAUGCCUCGAGCAUGCACAGCUAUGCCUCCCAGCCCUAUUCUGCACGAUCUCGGCUCUCUGCCAUUGAAAUUGACAUUCCUGUUGUAACACACACUUCUUAAAGAAAACAAAACGUGUUUCAAAAGCCAAACGUUUAUUCUGGCUCAAACCUUGGAAAUUGAAGGCCUGAUUCUCUGCUGCUUUGCCCCAUGUUUAAUUAUUAACACCUGAGCAAAGUGGGUGUAAUAUAGUCCCAAAUCAGACUGUAUAAGGUUGAAGACCAUAGAGAAUUGGGUCCAUAAUAUUUUUAAGUCUUGCUUUUUAAUGUAUUUCUGACCAAUCUGUUCUUUGAAUUUACUCCUGGAAAAUAUUGACUGCUGCUAAUGCUGUAAUGACAUGCUAUUGAUCAAAAAUAAUUUUUACAGAGACCUUCUUGCAUAUCCACUCCUCCUCCUGCUUAUUCAGACCAAAGGUGUUUUGAACUUCUUUACUGAUUUGAUGAGCUAUUCCUAUGUCCUGAUCCUGCAAUAAGAACCAUAUAGGUAGACCCAUUCCACCAUGCAUUCCCCUAUUAAAGACAAUGGGGCUUUUUGUGGGGUGCAGUUCCCAUUACAGGAUGGCACACUCUGAAGAAUAUGAUGCACUAGUUGAAGCAGGAAGAUGAGUUGGAAAUAGGCUACAAAGCUUUGCAUGUAUUUUGGGAUGUGAUCUCUUAGAAGUUCAAACUAAUUAAGUCUUGUUACAAUGUUCUUUGUUUUCCACUGUGCAUAAACAAAACCCAUCUGCUUAUGAACUUCAAAUGCAGCAUUAGUGUCAAAUUGCCCUUUAAUCUCAAAGUAAAAAUCAGAGAUUUAAUAACAAAAACCGUCCAACUAAUAGUUCUCAGUCCUAUUGCAAUGGCCUAGGCUAAAUCUCAGAGGUUGGGAUUUUUUCCCUGAUCAUCUUCAGUGCAUUUUCAUUCCAUUCAGUGGAUUUUGAUAAAUUAUGAAUCUCAUCAGAUUUUUCCAUUUUAUGAUUUAUUUAAAAAUACCACUUGUAAUUUAAACAUUUUGGUUUAAAACUUGAAUAUUGUAUUUUAAGGGGCGUUGUCAUCAAGUAGAACAAGCCUAAAGUGAAAACUGCUUUAGCAUUAUUCUGUUCUGGAGUGAAUUGUCCUCCAGAUUUCAAAUGUAUUGCAUAAGCCUUGAACAAUUUUACAGAAUAUUAAACACUGUUUGCUGUAUUAUAAACAGGCUGUCAACAUGCCUCUCUGGGAAGCAGAUUGUAACCACAUGGAGAAAGAGUCAUCAUUCUGGAUGUCUUAUGUAUAUAUUAAUGAAAACAAACUUGUGUAUUUUCAAAGAUGAUGUUAAUGGGAAUUUUUUUUAAGAAGUGGUUGUUGGGCUUUUCAGGCUGUAUCUUAUUUAUUUACAGAUAAGGAUUUCUCCUUUCCAGCCCUUGACUUCAAAAUCUCUCCCCUAUUUAAUUGUUUUUUAGACCCAGGUUGGUUUCUAGCUCCCUUUGAAGAGAAGUUUCCAUCCCCCUAAAAUGAAGUCCCUAGUCAUCUGUAAGCUUCAUAAGUAGAUAUAUAAGCUAAGAUUUUUCAAAGUUUAAGUGAUUAUAAGUCCGUAAUUUGAGACACAUUAAAGGACCCUGAUAUUUCAUAAAGUGCUAGCACACACCCUCUGAAAAAUCAAAGCUUCUCAGGUUGCACACUGAAAAUUUCUAGUCACAUCUGAAAAUCCUAGCCUUACACUGAAGUGUAAUAUUCUCAGUACAGAUAUUUCUGACUCACUGUGUUUCUGAUCGGUUCAAAUCCUUUCAUGUUUGAAAUGUGGUUCCAGUCUGAAAAGUGGCUGUGUUUGCGGCACUGUGGAGUUUAUUGUGUUUUUGUGUCUCAUUAACUCCAUAGCAAAUUUGUUCCGUUCGCAGUUUAAAAAUGAAAAAAAUAUUAUUUCUAAUUCCUUGCCCUGUAAACACAAGCUGGGAUCUGUGAGAGUCAAGCUGGGAUCUUUCCUUCUCCAUGUAUUAGCACUAGUAAUAAAUAUUCCACAGGGCAAAUGAUGCCCUCCCAAGAUCUUUAUUUCUGUUGUUAGUGUGUUUAGACGCAAGACUAAGUUUGCAGAGCAGGGAGUUAGAAAAUAUAUGGUCUUACAUUCAACCAGAGCACGUUUUAUAUGGCAUCAUAAAACACAUGAACUCUAUGGGCCAUUCCUUCACAGUUAUUUUUAGAGUGGAACUAUGCUUUAUGGUCAUUUUCAUUGUCCUGGUACAGAUAAUUGUAAUAUUUGUUUCUACUAUGCAUGCUGCUACCUGCUUAGUCUGGGUCACUAAAGCAAAGGAAACACUGGAUGGAGGUCCAUCCCCAGGCCUUAUUCUGAAUGAUCUGAGGUUGCCAGUAAACAUUCCUCAGCCAUGGCCAGUGUCUCGUCUGCUUCUAGAGCCUGAACCUGCAAGGUGCCGAACGCUCUGGAGCGAUGCUCAGUGCCUGCAACUCCCAUUGACUUGACAAGGAAAUGAGGGUGCCCAGCUUGUCUACAUGCUCAGCACCUUAUAAGACUCUGGGCUCUUCUUCUGUAAAGAGGAUUUUCAAUUGAAAGCAAAUGCAUCUGGUGUUGUGUUCCAUAUAGGUAUAUUUUUUAAUUGGUGGAUUUUCUGGUUUUUUGGCAGCUGUUUUGCUUUUUGACUUUGAUUUUUCUGCCCUAAAGGUCCUAUUAGCAUAAAUUGAUAAAACCUUGCUCUGAAAAUUGUACCUCUCUCAAACUCUGAGAUGGGCCUUAGCUCUGAUGUUUGUGAAUCUCAAAGUUUCUGGGUUUCAAUUCAGGCCAUCUCUGUUAAAGAUAUUAUAUUUCAUCAUAUAUAGUUCAUAAACGCACUGCACGGUUAUAUCUACUAAGGAGUGUUAAUGUGAGUUGCAAAAUAUGUCCCAAGUGAAAAUGAUUUUGACUGCUGUGCUGUAUCUCUCUUUGUUUAUGAAAAUCUUGUCUUUUUCCAAGUAGAAUUCCAGUCUGACUUUGAGUAAUGUUUAAUUAUGGUGGGGGUUCUUUUUAUGUAAAACAGAAAAUAUGUAUUUGUAAUAAAAUGUGUUUACAUACA